AUGGGAACCAGCUGUGCACGUGGUUCUUUGGAACCCAGCCAUUGCCAGCACUGGGCUUGCAUUUUCUACCUUGAUUCAGAGACGGCGUGGCUUAUUGCCUCUCUGUCACACAAACGCACAUACCCACACAUCACAAGGUCAGUGUGCAGGAGGGAGCAUGAGUGAAUGGCAAAUGACCCAGUUUCCCUGCAGGUGCUAAGUGCAGGUGCUAAGCUGCCUGAAGGCCACUUUUGAAACAUAUUAGCUUGGUGCCCAAAUAGCUAUUCUGUUCAUUGGGGGACUCCAGUCCAGCAGAGGCUCCCACUGGCAAAAGGGAAGAAACAGACCCUCCAAGUGUCCCUAUUUUCGAGGGACGUCCCUGAUUUAGAGAAGCUGUCCCGGUUUCUGAUUUGAUCCCAGAAUGUCCCACUUUUCCUUAGGAUGUCCCUAUAUUCAUUGGGGAAAUGUUGGAGGGUAUGGAAUUAUGCAACACCUGAACCAAGGAGAUAAGUAAUUAUACAGCCUUUAGAAGACAUCUGAAGGCAACCCUGCAUAGGGAAGGUUUUUCAUGUUUAAUGUUUCAUUAUGUUUUUAUAUAUGUUGGAAGCUGCCCAGAGUUGGGGCAACCUAAUAAGAUGUGUGGGUUAUAAAUAGUAAAAUUAUCAUUAUGGAAUAGGACGUCCCUACUUUCAUUGGAUAAAUGUUGGAGCGUAUGAAGAGAGGAAAUUUUCACCGAUUCCCCCAACACCACCUCCCAUGUUAUUCUCCAAUCUUCCAGAACAGAUUUACUGGGGGCAUAGAGAACCACAAGGGCGGAGGAGAAGGGAGCUUCGCCUCUCCAUGCCGUUACCAGUGAAAGUAUUCCACUGAUGGAGUUCUUCUUAUGCAAACUUGGGAUUCAAGCCUAUAAAGAUGCUCUGAACCUACCUAUUAUUAUUAUAUAAUAAUAGCAGCACAUUGCCAGUGUUAGCAACUCCUGUCUGUAGUAGUUACAAGGCGAAGCCCAGCUUAGAAAGAAGAUAAUACUAAUCUAUGUUCCAUCACUCCACUCAGAACAAAAGCUAAGAAAUUCAUGCAAGAACACAGUACCACACUCUGUCCUUACCUAGUUUAGGAUGGCAGCUUAAAUAUUGCCUGUUUGCUUUUCACAUUCUAAGCAACUCAUAGCAGCAUACAUUUGCCACUAAAACCCAUGUUUAACCUCAUAUCAAAACUAUGACGUAGGUUAGCUUGAGAAACAGUUAGUGUAUGGAACAGCAAGACACAUGUCCAAGGAGAGGAAAUAUGGGGCUAUGCAGAUGUUAAGAUUCGAAGUCUCAUCAGCUCCAGCUAGAAUGGCCAAUGAGCAGAGAUGACGGGAGUUUAUCAGCAUCUGAACAGCCACAGAUUUCUACACCCAUAUUCUAGUUUCUAGCAGGGGCUUUGAGUUUCCUUCGCUGUACAUUCAUUAAGUUAACAGAGGCGCUCAUUUAAUAAUUCCCUAUGUUCAAUCAGCCCAAUUAAACCACUGUGGUAAAGACAUAAUAUUUUUGCUCCUUUGAUGCUUCUAUUUAUUCUAUAAAUAUUUGGUCACCCUUCUGCGACUCUUUUUACUAAGCCGGUGCCCUGAAAUUCAUUAAAAUUUUGCACAGCAAAAUGAUAACCUUAAUUAUAAAGACAACCUGCAUGACCCAAAUUACUCGAUGCAUUAAAGCAAUCCUAGAUGCCAUCGGAGGUUGUUCACAUAUCUUUGCCCUCAAAGCUUGAGAGAAAGAGAGUGUGUCCAUGCAUGCACGAAAGGGAAUAAAGAGUCUGAGGAAACAUACCUCUUUCUCGACAGGUCCACAAAUUCAUGUUAUGUCUUGCACUAAGUAGAAGGAAUGGAGUGGGGGUUUUUUGUUUUGCGGGGGACAGGAUUCUUUGCGCAUUUUCUGUGUUGCUGCAUCUGCCCAUUCAGCUGUGGGCAGAAGGGUGCCACACAGACAAUUGUGGCCCAUUAACAGGUAAAAUCCAGUCCAAACUGCAUUCAUUCCCGAACCUAUCAUAUGUGCAGUGUUGAGGCAAGCUAGCGAGACAAGCACAAAUCGUUCGUUUCUCGGGAAGAAUUUGAGGGCAAAGUUUUAGCUGCAGAAAGUUUGAGAGGGCAGAAAGCCGAGAGGGCAGCAUCACACACCAUACAGAGACAGAGCCAAGUGAUACUCACUCUCAGUCUACCUCACAGGGUUGUUAAGAGGAUAAAACAGAGAUAGAAAAAUGCAGGCACACUACACGGCUUGAGAAAUGUGGGAUGUAAACAUACAAACAAAUAAAAUAAAUGCUUCACUGUUCAAAGCAUAUUUUGGGUUUGUUCCGGGGAUUUUCAUUCAUACUGUUUCACAGUCAAGUAAGGUUUUAUCGGGAGAUAUGGGGUGACAGUACUCUUAAGCUGACUGAGGUAAAUGGGCUUCGGAAGAAUAAUGUCUAUGCUGGAUUCGGCCAAUAUUUUUACUAAAAGUAAAAAUACCUAAGGGAAUCUAUCAUGGAAGGAAGUGGCAGAAUGGAAGGCCAAUCCUCACUACCUCCUUUCCCCACCCCCCAAAAAAGAGUUAAGCAAAUUCACACCCUCGUUCUACGUGGUGGUGCAAUCUUAACUGCCUAUUUCGAAGCAUUUCGCGUCCAUGGAACUUACAUCUCUCGCCAGUGUGUGCUUAGGAUCAAGGAGUGCCCAAGAUUUUUGUUUGUUUUAAUAGAUCAGGCCGAAGCAUGCAAAAAGAAGAAGAAGAAGAAGAAGAAGAAGAUCAAGAGGUUCUUAAAUUGUAAGGAAAGCCUUGCAAGUUUUCAUUGCAUAUGAGUGGCCAUCUCGGAAACAAUCCCUUCAGAUCGGUUCUGUUCUAGCCUUUCGUUUAAUUGCAGUUAAAAGGAGAAAAAAGACGCCCGCCUUUAAAACUCUAACAAGUCAGAACCCGCUUCGCAUUACUGGCAUCAGAGUCCACAGCGUGCAGUCCGUUUUAACAGUCAGUCUGAAGUCAAAAGCACGCUCUCUCGAAUGCAUCCCCAUCCCUGCGAAAUUUCAGCAAAGCAAUGCCAUCUCUCCCCCCCCCCCUUUCCCACAAACCCCCACCUCCAUCGCCCAAACAUGGCAAUAACUUUAUACACUGCAGGUUGAACGUGCAGAAAUCAGCCCUGACUUGUCUUUGCUCUUAGUAUGCUUGCGAUGAGAUCAUUGUGCUCCCACCGAGAGCUCAAAUUCUUCAACUUGACAAAAGACAUAGGUGAACGUGUCACAGUUUUACUGUUAUGCGGAGAGCUCCGAUCUGGUAAAGAUAACAAGAGCCCGUUCAGCGCUUGCCUAUGCUCCAAAUGUGUGUUAAUCUAAAAUGGCUGCCCGGUAAUACUUUAAUUGCAGUUUCAUGGCAACAAAUUGCCACUUAACUGUAAUAAAUUUUAUUGCGGCUUAGCAGGGCUAACAAAGCAGGCAUGCACCUGAAAGAGGAGGACGACAAUGGAAAUCCAGAACUUUAUGUUCUGCACAGUAUGUCACGGCGGAGGAGAGCAAGCUACAAUGCCAAGGUAGCACCACACCAAAAGCAUUUAGCAUAAAAGGAGCUAUACAUGCCACAAUCUCACUUCUCAUCACUGAAAUGCCUUUCCAGGACUGCACAUUCAGUACCAGCAUGCUGCAAACUUUUGAGAUUUUCAAUUAACCUAGAUGACCAAUAAAUACAAUCUCAUUUAGUAGCA